UAGGGAUUACAAAGAUAUCUUUUAUGUGUCCUCAAGGCCAAGUCUUCAUCGAAGAUGUCUAUAAAUGCGCCCAUUGUCCACCAGGAUCUUUUAUGGCACGAUGGAAAAUGGUAUUGCAGUAUGCAUUACCUGCCCGCGAGGGUUUUAUCAAUCAAUUCCUGGUCAAAUAUCUUGCAGCAAGUGCCCUGGAGGUUUUCAAACUGCUAACAAUGGUGCAUACGAUCAAAGACAGUGUGAAGACGAAAAUAAAUUCUUUCUCGUAUUUGUACUGGUGAAUAACUAUCAUGGUGAUGUAUUUGUCACGACAAACGUGUCUGGCAAGGUGGAAAAGUUUAAUUUAAAACCAGGAAAUAGAGUUGUGAAAAGUAAGAAAUGGAAGACAGAAAGGUCGUUGAUUUUAAGUGCUGUCGAUGUUAGUACAAACCAAACGGUCGACAUCAAUGGGCAAUCAAUUAUUCAUCUGCAAUCUACAUCUAAGGAACGCGUAUCACUGAGAGUUCUGACUAUCCAAGUACAAAAAACAGUGGCACAGUUAACUACGAAAAUAACUUCUACAUUGACAUCACCCCGAGCUAAUGCAGCUUCGACUACUCCUCUUCCACUCAACGUUUUGACAGCUAAAGUUGUUUCAGCGAAAACAAGUCCUGUUGUGCCGUCGACAAAUGAUCCUCUCAACGUAAUGGAAGACGAAGGUAAAUUUCAUUUUCUAUUCCUGGUGGUAAAUAAUUAUCAUGGUACUGUACUUGUUACGACAAAUAUAUCUAGUGGGCUGGAAAAUUUUUAUCUCAACGCAACAAAUACAGUGGUAAUGAGUAGGAAAAGCAAGGUAGAAGAACCAAUGAUCGUAAGUGCGGUCGAUGCUAGAACAAGUCUAACUGUCGAGAUUAAUGGACGAUCAAUUGUUCGACUCCAACCAAUGACUAAACAUUCUUCAUUGAAUGUUCUCAUUAUUAAAGCCCAAGCGACUCCUGCUCUACCUUUGACAACCGAAGACGAAGAUUUUGAUGACCCUAUCAUUGUAAAUGAAGAAAUAGCACGAGAUGGUCAGGGUACCAAGACCAGCAGUGAAUGAAUAUACAGGCCAACAAAGCUACAUUUAUCUCAACUG